AUCUUUCUAGCAACAACGUUUAUCAGUUCACUGUUAUCUCAACAGACUGGCUGACCCAGCGAUAGCGGAUCAUCCAAGAACACCUCUUCCGAAAUAUCCCAAUGGUGUUUUCCUCCUCGAAUGCGCUGCAACCCGGCUCUUGUCGUUGACAUGUGCUGCUAACCUGACCGGGUCCCGUCGGAUCAUGCCGAUUUAUCACCGUUGCAGGCAUGCGACGUCUAGUAAUCUCUUUCGAUGACAUUUGAUCAUGCCAGAACUCGUCUUCAUCGACGUCCAAGACACAUCUGGGCACAACCAAAACAUAGUCAGGCGUCAUGUUGCCAUGGGGAUUCACCAGAAAAAGCGUUUAACCGACGUUUUCCGCCACCAGAAUCAUUCAGCUCUCCGAAAACCACUGGUCCUACGACCGCAAAGGAAGCAACCGCAAGUUGAAGAGGAGGAGACUGCAGGGGCUGUAUUGCCAACGCAAAAUGUCGGCCCUUUUACUCGCCCCUGCCGGCCGCAAGCACGACGAAACACUCACACGCGGGAUCCUAAGACGGCGUUGAUGUUUCGGUGGAGAGCAGGAGGACCGACAGCUCUCAAGCCUCCAAGUGAUGAUCUGAAGAUCGAGCAUGUUCUGAGCGAGUCAUUCAAUUGGAUGAUGGGACAAUAUGCCUCAUCGUGGUCCUCGCUUGUCCAGCGUGAUCCAACAGUCUUUGACCUCAAUGGCGAAGUGGAGAUCUUCAGAGAGGCUUUCUACGUUGUGACGGACCUCUUGGAGCUCAGAAAGACGGACGCUGCGUUUGCGGUUCUCAGACAUACUUUGGAUGCCAUUCCGCCGAUCCUUCGGAAUCCUCACCCCGAACUGUUGUUCACUCUCGUUGAACUUGCGUAUGGAAUCAACAUGGUCCAUGCCUCAGAUCUCCAUACCAAGAUCAGGCCGCAUGUGGCUGAUCUCGCAUCCACGAUUUUAGGCACCAAGCACCCCCUCACGAUCCUGCUAAAGUCCGAAUUCGAUCCUUCCUUGAAGACUCACGUCACCGAGCUUGUGUUCAAAUGCAUUAUCGAUGCACUGUCGAAAACCUUUGGGCAUGAUGCAUAUCAGACAUUGGUCCAGCAGAUGGGCCGCUCACAGUUUUAUUCGCGCACGGGUCGAGCCGAAGAAGGCCAACAGUUGAUUGCUGAUAUUCAAAAUCUAUGGAUGCAACAGUACGGGGCUAAUUCGGCGCUUGCAAGGCUGGCAGAGCUCGAGCUGUGCCUGAUGCGGCUGGAGGGAUCCCGCUCGCCAGGACUGGGAUCUCAUCUAGGUUCAGCGCUCGAGGCGGAGGCCAACAACGCCAUGCUGAGGAUCGAAGUCAUGGCUGGAAUCUACUCAAACAAGUUUACGGACAGGCCGUCGCAUCAUGCCAACGUGGAAACCCAAUCCCCCGCGACAAUGGCCCUUGCGCAAUGGUUCCUUCAGAAUAAACGCUACUCCUUUGCAUUACAUUGCUACCAGCGCGCAAAGCGACUCACGGAGGACAGUGACUGCACUUCGAACAGACCUCUAGCGGAUCUUAUCACCGAUACGACAGAAAAUGCGCUGCGCGACUUGUUUUGGCAGCCCAACACUUUGUUGAUACUUCCAUCCCAAGCUUCAGUGCAAGAGAACGUGUUGGCAGUCUCAUAGGUUCGUCGCCCCGGCAGCUUCUUGAAACAGGCAACUGGCACUUAACCCUCUCCCGCGCUACUGGAGCUAUCACAGGGUGACGGUCAACUAUUCUGUCAAGGCGGUACGCAAGUGCAAUACCCCUCGUGACAGUAGCGACGGCGAGUUCCGAGUGCGGCCGCCAUGAAAUGUUCGGAAAGCUGGACAACAGGUCGUUCUUUAUCUGAGCACCUUGUUGUGGCAUCGUCGACACAGCCUUCUGCCACUCUGCUUCAGCAUCUGAGCCGGUGCCGAAAUUAAUCCCUUACCCUUCCGUUGCGAUUUAUCAUGUGUACAGAAAAACAUCAUAGAAGAUCGAACGUCGUACCGUCGAGCUCGUGAUGUGUCAAACUCACUCACAGGGGGGUAGCUGCAUGGGCCGUGUCCCUGCAGCAGCACCCUUCGCUUCUGGUGGCACGAAUCUG